GCUUGAAGUAAAAAUUUGCGGCUACACAACUGUCAAACAUGUAUGGAAUGCUAUUAGAAAGCGUGCAGCACUUUGUGCAGGAAAAGUACAGCGAAGAUUUAUGGAACGCUUUAAUGAAAGAAACUGGUGAAAACCACGUGAUUUUUAAUACACGUCAAAUAUAUUCUGAUGAUUUGAUGGGAAAGCUGGCGGCUGCACUCGCUAAACGAACAAAUAGAAGUGUUGACGAUGUUAUGACAUUUUUUGGGCGCUGUUUCGUAAAAUUUUUCAGUAAUCUUGGAUACGACUGCACGAUCAAAGCAACCGGACGAUUUUUUUGUGAUUUUCUGCAAAGCGUUGACAAUAUUCACAUGCAAAUGCGAUUCACUUAUCCGAAAAUGAAAAGCCCAUCGAUGUAUUUGACAGCAUGUGAUGCCCAUGGCGUAGUACUGGUAUACAGAGGAACUAGACCAGGAUUUACUCAUUAUCUUAUGGGACAACUUUACGAGAUCGCCGAAGACCUUUACAAUAUUAAUCUUGAUAUAAAUGUGCUCGAAAGUUCUUUAUUAACAAAUACCAAUGGGAGUUUCAAAAGUGCGGAGGUUACAUUCCGUAUCAAUUUUGAUAACAGCCAAUACAUGGAAAAAAUUACAAGAAUGAAUACUCCAAUUGGAAGGCAACUUUCACCAGUAUCUUUCACAGUCCUUUUACGCUUAUUCCCGUUCGGCGUUGUUAUUGAUAAAAAAAUGAAAAUCAUCGGAGUUGGCGAAAGGAUUUUACAAGCUUGGGGAAGUUCAACUAUUUUGGGUAAAUCUGUGUCAGAUAUCUUCAAAAUUCGUCGACCAAAAGGUGUGAAUUUCAUUUGGGGAAAUGUAAUGUACUUGCAUUCAGUAAUGUUUGAGCUAGAAUUUUUAAGACCACCUGAUUUUAAAAAGACAAGUGAAAAUUACGAAGGUGAUAAAAAUACUCUCAUCAGCAGCAGAAAUAUUUUGCUCAAGGGACAAAUGAGGUACAUUGAAGACAUCGAUGCCAUAAUCUUUCUCUGCAGUCCAUUAAUUAAUAGUCUGGACGAGCUACCGAGCAUGGGUCUUUACCUGAACGAUCUGAAUCCACACGGUCUGAGUCGUGAACUUGUCCUCGCAGGGUGGCAACAUUGCGGGAGUCUGGAAAUGAUGUGCGAAAAGGCCGAGCAACGAUCCAAGGAGCUUGAGCAGAGCUACGCGCUCUUAGACAGAUGGAAAAAUAAAAGCGACGAACUUCUGUACUCGAUGAUUCCCAUGAGCGUAGCCGACAGAUUACGCUCGGGCGUGAGCCCGCUCGAGACAUGCGAAACUUACGACGCGGUGACGGUCCUAUUUUGUGAGCUUUGCGAUUUGAAUUAUUCGACCAUCGAGGACGCCAUGGACAUCGUGUCCUCUAUGAACGCCGUUUUUUCCUGCUUUGACUCGCUCAUGGACAAAUACAAAGUCUACAAGGUGGAAACUGUCGGACGAGUUUACAUGGCAGCCAGUGGAGCACCCGAUCGAGUUGAGAACCAUGCGAUCAACGUGGCUAAUGUUUCUCUCGAGCUCAUAUCUCAAGUCCGAUCGCUUGUAUUGCCGUCUGGUGUCAAUAUCGAAGUUCGAAUUGGAAUACAUUCCGGUGCAGCAGUUGCUGGCGUUGUUGGUAUAAAAGUUCCUCGUUAUUGUUUCUUUGGUGAUACUGUGAAUACAGCUUCUCGAAUGCAAACCACGAGUAAGCCAGGGAAAAUUCAUAUUUCACCGAGCACUAAAGCUUUGUUACCAGAAGACGAAUAUGUCAUAGAACCUAGAGGUGUUGUUUCCGUUAAGGGUAAAGGUGAGAUGGAAACGUUUUGGCUGUGUUCGAGGAGAUCUGAAUCCAAAGAUUAA